AGUUUGGUGAACUGGGGAGAGAGCCGUGCCUGGAGAGGACACAGACGCUCUUGCAGUCUCUCCCCGUAACCUCACCCCGUGCAUUUCUCCCGUCUGGCUGUUUCUGAAUUCUCUCCUUCUAUAAAAACAAAAACAGUAAUCUGGAGAUAGGUGCUGAAGAAUUCCCAAAGGAUCUCUGCAGCUCAGAACUCGCAGCGGCUCAGACAAGAUCUGCGCAUGCACGCAGCCCUCUUGCUGAGACUUAUUUCGCGCGGCUGGAGUCAGAUUGGGCUCCAAGGGGCGGAAAUACGUAAGGGCGGCUUCCGGUGACCCGCGCAGACGUCGAAGACAGCCGGAAUGGAGGAGGUGCCUCAGGGCUGUCCCGGGACCGGCAGCGCCCAGGCGGGCCGAGGGGCCUCAUGUCAGGGGUGCCCCAACCAGCGGCUCUGCGCCUCCGGAGCCGGCGCCGCUCCGGACCCAGCCAUAGAAGAAAUCAAAGAAAAAUUGAAGACCGUGAAACACAAAAUCUUGGUGUUAUCCGGGAAAGGUGGUGUUGGAAAAAGCACAUUCAGUGCCCACCUUGCCCACGGCCUAGCAGAGGAUGAAAACACACAGGUCGCCCUUCUGGACAUUGAUAUAUGCGGGCCAUCGAUUCCCAAGAUGAUGGGAUUGGAAGGAGAACAGGUUCACCAGAGUGGCUCGGGCUGGUCUCCAGUGUUCUUGGAAGACAACCUGGGGGUGAUGUCCGUGGGUUUCUUGCUCAGCAGUCCUGACGAUGCCGUUAUCUGGAGGGGACCAAAGAAGAAUGGCAUGAUCAAGCAGUUCCUUCGGGACGUGGACUGGGGAGAGGUCGACUACCUCAUCGUGGACACCCCGCCGGGCACGUCGGACGAACACCUCUCGGCCGUCCAGUACCUGUCCGCGGCACACGUCGAUGGGGCGGUGAUCAUCACUACUCCUCAGGAGGUGUCCCUCCAGGACGUCCGCAAAGAAAUCAGCUUCUGCCACAAGGUGAAGCUGCCCAUCAUCGGAGUGGUGGAGAACAUGAGUGUUUUCGUCUGCCCCAAGUGCAAGAAAGAGUCUCAGAUAUUCCCACCAACGACGGGGGGCGCGGAGGUCUUGUGCCAGGACCUGAAGAUCCCUCUCCUCGGAAAAGUGCCUCUGGACCCACACAUAGGUAAGAGUUGUGACAAAGGACAGUCUUUUUUGAUUGAUGCACCGGAUUCCCCAGCUGCUUUAGCCUACAGAGGUAUCAUUCAAAAAAUCCAGGAGUUCUGUGGUCUCCAUCAGCCAAAAGAAGAGCACCUCAUCAGCUCCUGAAACACAAGAGAACAUUCAAGACGCAAGCCGCACUUGCACUCCAGCCUGAGCAGCAUGGGGACAAAGUGGGGUCACAGGCAGAAAGGGACCAGACUCUGGUAUGGCAUGAAGUCAUUUUUUUAGAGAUGCUUGAGUCAUAGGAUUUGUAUACUUUUCAACACACAUAAAGGCAUUCUUUACAAACA